AUGUUGUGUCUAGGGGAGGCUAAGGAAAUUUGCGACGACGAAGAUCUGCAACUACUCAACAUCAAAUGGCCCAUCGUUCGUCGACGCCUCAAUUUCAAUGUCGAGCUGGCCAGUGGAAGCCCGAUUACAUCGGCGUCUUUACGCCAAAUUCUCCGCAGACUGUCCGGCUUAUUCCUCACUGUUCGCGCCUUCCCUCCCCUCUGGAUCAUUUCAGUAAACGUUUUCUCGACAGAUGUCACGGCCAUUCAGCUCUGUCUUGGCGCAUCCUUUGAGCCUCGGGUGCUCUUUGCUGAACAAGGUUUAGGGGGUGACUUCAGCGCAGAAACGUUGACCUCGUUACAAGUCGACACCCGCAUCUGCAAAUUCUUCCUAAUCACAAAUGCGCCUGUGGAUGGUGCCCUCCAGCGAGCGUCAAAUUCAGGUCAUUCCGACGACGGACUGCUACUGCCACACAACCAUACACAGCAUGGUGACUGGUUCCGUGGAACGACACAUCCGAAGCCAAAGAAGAACCCCACGACCGAGAUCUACCCCGUUCGACUCGAACUCUAA